CUCUGCCGCAAAUAUGCUCCGCCAGAUCUUCAGUCAAGCCAAGAAGCACCCAAGCUUGAUACCUCUCUUUGUAUUCAUUGGAGCUGGAGGUACUGGAGCAGCCUUGUAUGUCAUGCGUCUGGCUUUAUUUAAUCCAGAUGUCUGUUGGGACAGAAAGAAUAACCCAGAACCAUGGAACAAACUAGGCCCCAAUGAUCAAUACAAGUUUUACUCAGUGAAUGUGGAUUAUAGCAAACUGAAGAAAGAAGGCCCUGACUUCUAAAUGAAAUUUUUUUAAAAGCCACUUAGAAUGAAGGUCUUCCAGAAGCCAUCCGCA